AUGUUGGUACCAGGUGCUUCAGGUGAUAUACCCUCUCAUUUUCUAUUCCCUUCCCAGAAAAUUGCUUCUAUUUUUACUCCUCCAAAUAAGGUUAAAAUACCAUCUCAAAUUUCAUCGCUUUCCCAUCUUUCUAUUUCCUCCUCACUUUGCCCUGCGAAGACAUUUUUCAAGUCGAUCACUUCUGCAAACCCACUUCAAAACCCACUUACUCUAAAUCCCCUUCGGCUCUCUGAGCGCCAUCAAAUGCUGCCGCCCUCCGCCGCGCUUCCAUUAUUUGGUUCCGAAAUGACCUCCGGGUACAUGACAAUGAGUGCCUUACUUUCUGCCCAUAACGAUUCAAUGUAUGUGCUUUCAAUUUACUGCUUCGACCCACGGGAUUACGGGAAAUCGUCAUCGGGAUUUGAUUAA